AUGAAAUUUAACCGUUGCAUCCGUUACUUCGUGAUCUUGGCAUUCCAAUCAUUGAUCCUACUUCUACUUACCGUGAUAUCAAAUCUGCUAUCUAUCUUAGUCAUAAUCCAACCUUCCACGAAAGAAGAAAAUACAGUGAGAUCAAUUGCCAUGCCAUAAGGGAGAAAAUCUAGAGCAAGCUCAACUGUAGCGAUCAAUGCUAAGAUAUUCGUAGCACUAAGGCUAGGUUACUGGGAAUUUGGGAGAUUUGUUGUUGUUUCUGUUUGUGGUUUUGAAUCUUCUGAUUAGGUUAAGUGCAUGUGUUAUCUUCAUAGAUUGGUUGAUUGUUCUUGCACAUUCGGUAACCUAGUGGCGAAUAGGUGUUUAAAAAAUAAUGACAUUAUUAUACAUUUGUUGAAUUGGUACUCUGGAUUUACUGUUAAAGGGGCUUUUGUCGCAAGAUUUGCUGCCCGCGAUGAUUUGGUUCUUGUAUUGCCGGAGAGGAUCCAAGCACUCCCGGAUGGGAUCCCUGCUGCACCCAAACAAAAUGGAUGUGAUUGCAGAAGGAUUGGAUACUUCGAAAAACAUGGCACACGUGUGUUACAGUUUGAUAGGCAAGUUCCACUGAUGGAUGAGAUUGAUACUAAGUGUGCUAAAAUGAUAUACAAGGCUAUAUUGUAUUUAUUCUUGUGGUAUACUCAUAUCUCUUGUAUUUUCUUGAGAAUAUCCUCUGAUUUUUUUAUAAAUAUAUUGGUGUCAUUUUUUAUUCCACUUCAGAGAACCAUCUGUCCUAUAUGAACACACUAUGUAUGCCCUUAUGCAAUAUGUAAAAUAGUUGUGGAUAUUUUUUCUUGGAUCAAUCAACAUUGACUCUGUCUCUUGCAUCCCAAAUGACGCCUUUGAAAUCAUGUAAUAUGUGAAGAAAUUCAUCGUACAUUUCUAUGCAUGUUGCCACACCAAUUAAGGAAAAAUCAAAACAAAACAAGGAAAGGAACAAGUAGUUUCCAAUUCCAAAACAUUGUUGAACUAUGUUAACUUACAAGUAUUUCAGCGCUGUGGAUUUUCAGUAUUUCAAAACAACUUUUUAUCGGUCAUAAUAAAAUAGAAAGAUAACAAAGAAUAAAAAAAUUACCAUUAAUAAAAUUUCAAUGCAUAAUACAUGUAUAAAAUCAACAACCCAGUUCCAUUAUGGUGGAACUUUAUUCCUCAAACUGUAUCUCACAUACAUAUAUAUACCUAUACACAAUACUUGAACAAUACCCUAUUUUUUCUACUAUAUACAACAGCUACUAGUACUUCUAUGUACUGUAAAGAAUAAUCACACAGCUCAAUAUACAUUCUUCCUUAUUUACAUAUAGAAUACACUUUCCAUCUAUGUACACACAAAUAAGCUACUAAGCUCUUGAGGUACUCAUGUAUAUCCAGUGAAGGCUAAGCUAUUAAGCUCUUGAGGUUGUAUGAUUGAACUCCACUGAUCAAAGUUGCAGAAAUUGUACCCUUUGCUUAAAUCUUUUUCAACUUCUCUGCUUAGGUUUUGAUUGAGGACAGCAUAAAAGUCCGUCUCGCUAUUAUUUUCAACCGCUUUUCUCUUCAGAGGAUUAUCAAACAAUCCCUCAGUUGCAGAUGAUAAGAACUGGGCUCCUAUUAUGUUUAAGCUGCUUUCUUCAUAAAAUGAAGCAUGUGGUUUUACAUUGUCUGAUGACAUACCAAUGGUAUUGGGAAGAACAGUCUUAGAAGCCAGAAUAUAAGGUAACAUUGGAUAUUCAUUCUGCACAUAGUUUUUGACUGGUUCAGGAUUUGAGUUCUCAUUCAUUUGCUGAAAUUGACUUGUUGGUUCAUAAUAACUAAGUUCAUUUGAAUCUUCCAAACCCCUUCUCGGGCUUCCGGUUUUUUGUCGAACUCGGCAUAACACCCAUUCGUCCAGCUGAAACCAAAUCAGAAUAACAAAAAAGUAAUCAAAUAGGUAUUAUUAAAUAUAAACUUCAUAUUGAAGGCGCAUCUGGUGUCAGUUACAUGUCAAUGUUGAUCACUGACUCAUGUGCUACGUUCAAUGUUUUCAAAUUUUUAUCAGUAUCGACGUGGUAGUGUCGUGUUUAAUAUCGGUGUUUCUGUGUGUAUCAGUGUUUCAUAGAUUUUAAAAGAUGAAAAGUUGAACUAAUGGAAUUGACCUACUCGCAUAGAAGUAGAACCGUUAUGCUUGGAAUUUGAGAUCACUGAAUCAUGCAGCCUAUAUUCAUGCAUGAUCCACUCGGUUUUAGAUCCUUUCGGUGGACGUCCCUUAUAGAACACAAGAGCUUUCUUCACUCCAAUGCUUUUCAAACCACAUGAAGUCAGAAUCGGUUUAUCAGUUCCAGUAGCUUUCCAAUAACCCACACCAGCUGCUCUAUUAGGCCUCAAUCCUUUCGGAUAUUUUCUCUCCCUCGGAGUAAAGAAAUACCACUCUUCUUCACCAAACAAAGCCUUAUCUGUUAAUAAACAUUCCAUCAAAAAAUAAGAAUGAAAAGAAAACUAUAAAACUAGUGAAGUUUUUAAAGACAAACUUGGAAGCUCCCAUGGAUUGUACUUGUAGAGAUCUAUUUCUGCUAUGAAUGAAGCAGGAAGAGGAGAUGAAGUCACUUUGUUUCUUAGAUAGUGAACUACUAGCUCUUCAUCAGAAGGGUGGAAUCUAAAUCCCGGAGGGAGUUGAAUUUCUGAAUGAGGAUUUUUGUCCAUGAAGAUGGAGAUACACAAUGUCGACGAAAGAAACUAGGAGAUUUAUCUCUCAAUUACCGAUAUUAUCGACCAAAAUGGUUUGGUUGUAAGGUUGAAAUCACUGUGCAUGGUUUAUAAAUAUAUAUGUGCUGUUUGAUCAUGCAGAUAAUGACAAUUAUCAUAUAUUAUAAUACUAGGUAGGUGUGUGUGAAACGAAAAUAACCCUUUUGUCUCAUGUUAUAUGACAACAUUCUUCAAAUUUAGACAAAAGAUUGAGUCCUGUGGUA